AUGCAACACAAUCUCCCUAUUGGAGAAUGGAGAUUUAUCGAGAACUUUACAGUUUCUAAAGCUGGAGGUUCAACUUUUGCUUGUGGUGCAAGAAACGUCCCAGGAGGACUCUCUGACCAGAAGAAUUACCUCGGAUUCGGUGGUGGGUAUUCUGGCAUCGGAGACAAUGGUUUACCUUUCGGUGGCGUCGGUGGAGGUGUCUCUGGUCCAAGUGGUAAUCUUGGCUUUGGUGGACUUGGUGGUGUUGGUGGGGGAAGUACCGGAGGAGUUCAUUUCCCUUGA